CUUCUACUGUCGCCAUCUAAGUGCUGCUCAAAGCUUCAACCUGCUGCCCUUUCUCCCUCCCCUACGAGGGGGCUCCCUCACCUGGGCUUUGGGUCCCCUUGGGGAUUAGACUCCCCUAAAGUGGAAGAAGUGUCCGCUGAGGGAGGCUCUCUCCCUAAAUUCCCCUCGUCCCCUGGGCAGGGUGGGGGAGGAGUGGGAGUAGGGUAGAGUGGCUUCCAGGCCGCUUUCCCCAGUGACAAAUGUUUUAAUUAAGCCCCGCUGGUGUGCGUGGCUGUGGUUUCAGCUGUCAGGGCUGGGGAGCGCCUUAGCUGAAACUGCAUUGCCCCCUAGUGCCUCGCGGUGUCAGGACAGGACGGCUCUCCCCUCCUUGAUGUCACUGCCAUGCAGAGCCAGCCCAGCAGCUCAUUGAAGGCUGCCUGCAGACCCUCCUCGCAGCUCCACCGAGCCAGGCGCCGCCGCCACCACCGCCGCUCCCUGCAGACCCGCAGAGGGCAGGGGGGAGAAAUCACCGAGCGCCCCUCCCCUGCGCCAGCUCCAGUCCCUUUCACUGCCCCCUCCCCAGUUACUGCUCCUGGCUUGCCUGACGUGGACAAUUAAACUUGAAGCUACCUCUUCCCUCUCUCUUUUUGACAGGCUUCCGAAGAUUCUGAACAGGCAAGGAGGGACUCACUUGCUGCCCGUCUGCUCUGGGAAAUGCCUGUUCGGGAGGCGAGUGGCUCCUGCCCAGUAGUGACGGCUGAGGUGGAGGGAAAGUUUCAAGAGAACUGAGGUACUUCGUGCGCUGUCCUUGAAGCUUAAUUACCCUCCCGGCUAUGGAGGGUGGUCUUUAAAAUGAAUCCCCUUCUGGACGUGAGCCACAAUAUAUCGGCACCUGCCUAUUGGGAAGAACCGAGUGGUGGAAACCUCACUGGCCCCAAUCAGACGUCCAGCAAUUCCACUCCCCCUGAGCUGGAUAUCAGGAGGGCCAUUUCCGUGGGCAUCGUGUUGGGCGCCUUCAUCCUUUUUGCCAUCGUGGGCAAUAUCCUAGUGAUUCUCUCUGUGGCGUGCAACCGUCACCUACGAACACCCACCAACUACUUCAUAGUCAACCUCGCCAUUGCGGACUUGCUGCUGAGUUUUACCGUCCUGCCUUUCUCUGCUGCCCUUGAAGUACUCGGCUACUGGGUGUUGGGGAGGAUAUUUUGUGACAUCUGGGCUGCAGUGGAUGUGCUGUGCUGCACAGCGUCCAUCUUGAGUCUCUGUGCCAUCUCGAUCGAUCGAUAUAUCGGGGUCCGCUACUCUCUCCAGUAUCCAACACUGGUCACCAGGAAAAAGGCCAUCCUGGCCCUACUCAGCGUGUGGGUGUUGUCCAUGGUGAUCUCCAUUGGUCCUCUCCUUGGGUGGAAGGAGCCUGCGCCUAAGGACGAGAAGGAGUGUGGGGUUACCGAAGAGCCAUUUUACGCCCUCUUCUCCUCCUUGGGUUCCUUUUAUAUCCCGCUCGCUGUUAUUCUCGUGAUGUAUUGCCGAGUCUAUAUCGUGGCCAAAAGGACCACCAAGAACCUGGAGGCGGGAGUCAUGAAGGAGAUGUCCAACUCCAAGGAGCUGACCCUGCGGAUCCACUCCAAGAACUUUCAUGAGGAUGCCCUCAGUAGCACCAGGGCCAAGGGCCACAAUCCUAGGAACUCAAUAGCUGUCAAACUUUUUAAGUUCUCCAGGGAAAAAAAGGCGGCCAAGACCUUAGGCAUUGUGGUCGGCAUGUUUAUUUUAUGCUGGCUUCCAUUCUUCAUUAUUCUACCGCUUGGGUCCCUGUUUGCUGCUCUGAAGCCCCCAGACACUGUCUUCAAAGUGGUCUUCUGGCUUGGCUAUUUCAACAGUUGUAUCAACCCCAUUAUCUAUCCCUGCUCCAGCAAGGAAUUCAAGCGCGCCUUCCUCCGCAUCCUCCGAUGCCAGUGCCAUCGACGGAAUCGGCUAGGCUGGUGGAACUACAACUACCGAGCCUGGAAUCGAGGCUCCUUUGAACAUUCUCGCAAGGACUCUCUGGAUGACAGUGGAAGCUGCCUAAGUGGUAGCCAGAGGACCCUCAAUUCAGCCACCCCCAGCCCUGGGUACCUGAGCAAAGUCACCCACCCACAGGUGGAGAUGUACACUUUCUCAGAAUGGAAGAGUUCUGGCACCUUCCUGAGCCCACCCCACCCAGAGCCACCAGGGCGUCACCAAGACACAGGCCACCUCUUCACCCUCAAGUUCCUAGCGGAACAUGAGGGACACCCAGGGCUGGACAGCAAUGGGGGCUGUGAGGUAGUUGCUGACAUGGCCAAUGGCCAAGCUGGCUUCAAAAAAAACAUGCCCCUAGGGCCAAAUCAGUUCUAAGGGACCAUCAGUAAUAUCCCCCCUCAUCCUGCUCCAUCAUUCAUUGGCAGACCCCACACCUGGUUUCCUGCCCUGGGGAAGAUAUAGGGAGCAAGGAAGUUCAACACUCAAUAAACACAGAUUCCCAAAGGGAAACUGAAGGGAGGAGAGAAGUGAGCAAAGGAUAACUGCAUUUCUGGCGGGUGCACGGGUGCCAGAUUUGUUUCCAAUUAUAAGGAAGAUCUAGGCCCAGAGCAGGUGAAAAGGAAUACAUGCAGCUCAAUAUUUAGCUGCUGUGGAAUUUCUAGGUGACAGCUACAAUAUAAGCAUAUAUGAAAUGAGUCACACUAUAUAUAUUUCUAUAUAUAUAAUAUACAUAUGUAUAUAACAGUAGAUAUACAGUGUCUUUGUAUGUGGUAUGCAUGUAUGUGUGUGUGUGUGCAUGGGCACCCCAGUGGGGAAAGUAUGAAUGUGAGUCAAAGAGGAAACCGGUGGCGUUUUGUUUUGUGAUUUAACUUUGUACCUCUCAGCGGUCUCAGUAAUCGCUGUCCAGCCCUUCCCUGUAUUUCACUGAACGUUGGCACUUUAGGGGGGAAAAAAAAGUCAGACAUUAAAAGUCAUUUCUCAUGUGCUUA